CUAAAACCCAAUGGUUCUCUUUUUUCACCCAGCCACAGUUGCCAUGCGUACCAAUCCAGUUGACGAGGACCUGAACCUUGGACUCCUCCAUGAAGCUGACCAGAAGGAAGAACAGUAUGAAGCAGCUAUCUCUCCUAUUCCAAUGGAGCAGCAAAAAGGUACCAAGGCAGAAGUAACUCCAAUCUUCCCUGAUACACCUGCACUUGUGGUAGAACAAGUAAAAAAAGAUGACUACGUUUUUUGUCAACAUUGUUCUAAGAUCGGUGACCAUAAAACUGCAAUGUGCCCCAGUCAACCGAAGGGAGGUUUAAUGAUUUGCAGCGUUUGCCACGACUUUUAUCCAUGUAAAAAUCAGGAAGAGCAUGGCAACAAAGCAGAGGACUACAUUUCUUGUCGAGAUUGUUAUACGAUUGGUGACCAUAAAACUGCAAUGUGCCCAAAUAAACCGAAGAAACGUGUAAUGGUUUGCAGCGUUUGCCGCGACCUCUAUCCCUGUAAAAAUCAGGAAGAGCAUGGCAACAAUGGAGUUGAAGUAAACAAUUUUUGUUAUCGUUGUUUUAGGAAUGGCCACUUGCCUCAAGAGUGCACAGAGGAUUAUGAUCCAACUUUAACCUUGAACGAGUGAACUCCUUUGCUCAGUUGUAACUUUUGAUGCACAUGAACUCCUUUGCUCAUAGGCCAUCAGAGUCAAUACUACAGCUCGAUUGUUUUGAAUUUCACAGUUAGUUCAUAUUGGAACUUCCCAGCCAAUUACACAACUGUAG